AAACAUAAACGUCAUCGGUCCCGUACGUUCGAUUGGUACACGACAGAAAUGAUUCCAGUAAACCACACAGUAGGCUUAUUUUGAUUCGUACUGCUCCAUCCAUGUAACACGUCUAGUUUACACAUUCUUCCAGCAGCAAAACCAUUGGUGGCCCCAGCGCACCGUUGAGGAUGCACAAUGGCAUACCAAACGAUUCGACAAGAAUAUCUCCAAAUCCCGAUAGUAACACGCGUCUAUUCGACGGCAUGCAUCAUCACAACGCUAUCCGUGCACCUCGACAUCGUUACUCCCUUUCAGUUAUACUUUAAUCCAAAGCUCAUCUUUGAACAUUAUCAACUAUGGCGCAUCUGCACAACGUUUCUGUUUUUCGGUACCUUUGGUUUCAAUUUUUUGUUUAAUAUGAUAUUCACGUUUCGGUAUUGCCGCAUGCUAGAAGAAAACUCGUUCCGCGGGAGAAGUUCGGAUUUUGUUACUAUGUUUUUGUUUGGUGGGACGGUGUUGGUGAUCUGCGCGUUGUUUGUUAAUUUACUCUUCUUAGGUCAAGCUUUUACCAUAAUGCUGGUGUACGUCUGGUCCCGAAGGAAUCCAUUCGUCAGAAUGAACUUCUUUGGUGUUUUGAAUUUUCAGGCACCUUACCUGCCAUGGGUCUUGCUAGGAUUUUCCGUGCUAAUAGGGAAUACCAUCUGGGUCGAUUUGAUCGGUAUCGUAGUUGGACAUACGUACUACUUCCUCGAGGAUGUGCUGCCCAAUCAACCAGGUGGCAUGAAACUUCUUAAAACGCCACGAAUUCUCAAACUUUUAUUUGACGAAGUGGCGGAGGAUCCCAACUAUGUAGCGCUACCAGAAGAUCAGCCGGGUGGAUUUAACUGGAGGCGAAACAACUAAUACAAGCAAACGCGCGCAGUUAGGUUAGCAGUGACAGAAGCAAAGAAAUAAACGUCUGUUUGCAAGACUAUUUGCUAAAACUAA